AUAUUUCAAAACCCCUCCUUCGGACGCCCAUAAAAGGGAAGGCGAUGCAGGCAAGAUUUCCUUCGCCACAGAGUUCCAAAAGCUCAUUUCCAGAAUCGUGAAACUUCAGCCCUUUCCCAUCGUUUCUCUAACCUUCUUUCAUUCCACCUCUCUGCAAUGGAUAUUCGCACGAAAUCAACUCGAGCUUCCAACUCUCCUUUCGACUGCCUUCUCUUCGAUCUAGACGACACUCUCUACUCUUCCAAGGCCGGAAUCGCCGAAGCCUGCAAGAAAAACAUCGACGAAUUUCUCGUAAAGAAAUGUGGAUUUGCAGCAGAACAAGCAUCGGAUCUCAGAAUCGAGCUUUUCAGGACUUACGGAAGCUCCCUUGCCGGUCUCAGGGCUUUAGGCUACGAUAUCAACGCUGACAACUAUCACAGUUUCGUGCACGGAUCUCUGCCGUACGAAAGGCUCAAACCAGAUCUACGGCUCCGAAGCGUCUUGCAGAGCAUCACGCUAAGGAAAAUCAUUUUUACAAAUUCGGACAGGAAUCACGCGAGGAAAGUUCUAGAAAGGCUCGGAUUGGAAGACUGCUUCGACGAGAUAAUCUGCUUCGAGACUCUCAAUCCGAACAUCUCGAAAUCGAAGAGCCCAGAAGAAUUUCCGGUGUUGUUGAAGCCGUCGAUUGAGGCCAUGAAAAUCGCCGUGGAAGUGGCGGCAGCAGAUCCUCGCCGCACGCUGUUUUUCGAUGACAACGACCGUAAUAUCAUUGCCGGGAAAGCUUUGGGUCUUCGCACUGCACUGGUUGGUAAACCAGUGAAAAGCAAGGAAGCGGACUAUCUCGUGGAAAGCAUUGUGAAUCUAGAGAAAAUAAUUCCGGAAAUAUGGGCAAAUAGGAAGGAGGGAAGCAUUGAGCGUACACGGAGCGACAUGGAAUCGAUGCUUGAAGCCACUCCUGUCGGGGCUUAAUGACAAUAAACAAUGCAAUAAGUGAUGGUGGUUGUGCUAAGUCCCGUCCUGCUUUUUUACUCAAGCGCGGGUCCACUCAUGUACAUGGCUCACAUCAUUUUCACGUGUCUUGCGUGAUGUAUGCAUCGAAGGUUAAUAUGAUAUUGUGGAUGGUGUACAUAUGAAUAAGCAUGGUUUCGUGAGGCUUUUAACUC